AUGACGAACUCACCGCAAUCUUCUCCCCUUGAGGUCUUGGCUGACCAAAUCAGUGCUUCGGCCAAAGUAAUCGCGGCCUUCUGUGCCUCUACAGGCCAUCCACACCCUUCCUUUGACGAUACCAAACUCAAUAACCUCGAUACAUUACCCUCCCCUGCACCAGCCGAGAUUCAGGAGGCUCGACAGGUUAUUCUUGAGAAUGCUUAUCGACUCCAACAGCUCAUCAUCGAGCCCAACCAGUAUCUGGCACGAUUGGCAGUCUACCCUCAGCAUCUUGCCGCAAUUCAAUGGCUCUGUCACUUCAAAAUCCCCUCGCUCGUCCCGAGUGACAGCACUAUCUCGUAUCCCGAUCUCGCGGCUGCAGCCCACGUACCGCUCCACCAGCUCAAAAGUAUAACUCGGAUGGCUAUCACGGGAAAUUUCCUUCAGGAGACACCCUUGAACCAGGUUUUGCACAACAAGACAUCAGCGCACUUCGUGUCAAACCCGUCACUGUGUGACUGGGCGCUAUUCCUGGCAGAGGAUUCGGCCCCAAUGGCGCCCAAGCUGGUCGAGCGGUUUUCCGGAUACAUGAAGAACGUGGCCAAGGGCGAAGGGACGAACGUCAAGCACUUGAUUCAGGGGUACGAUUGGGAAACUCUGGGUAAUGCUACUGUGGUGGACGUGGGUGGAUCGAGCGGCCACGCUAGCAUUGCUCUCGCGGAGAUUUACCCGCAGCUGAAAUUCAUUGUCCAGGACCUUCCGAUGGUCAUCAAGACUUCUGCAUCCCAGGUCCCUGAUGCUGUGUCCUCGCGGGUUACAUUCCAAAGUCACGAUUUCUUCACCCCGCAACCUGUGAUCGACGGGGAUGUGUACCUUCUCCGAAUGAUCUUGCACGACUGGCCCCGCGACGAAGCCCAAAAGAUCUUGUCCCAUCUGGCUGUGGCCCUGAGUCGACCUGGCAGUCGCAUCAUCGUUAUGGACACUGUUCUUCCCAACCCGGGUAGCGCGCCGGUUAGCGAGGAGGCGCUGCUGCGUGUGCGGGACAUGACGAUGAUGCAGACAUUCAACAGCCAUGAGCGGGGGAUGGAGGAGUGGGAGGCACUAGUGCAGGCGGCAGACUCCACCUUGAAGAUAAUCCGGGCCAUUCAGCCUUGUGGUAGUGCGAUGACGAUUCUGGAGAUUGGGCGGGAAUAG